CAUACGCUACUUCCUGGUGUGAUUGGUCGGAGAAACGCAACGCUGCAUCAAAGAUGGCAUUUGUCCACACAACAUUUGAGUCAAUUUGUAAUAAGUCUGAGAAAGAAUAGGCGUCAUCUUGCAAAAAGAGACGGGUGAGAGCGGGUGGUAGCCGUUGCGAGCAGUGUUAGCACUCUCGUCACGCUACGCACCGCCUGCUCUGUGCGCUAGCUAGUUAGCGUACAUAGUAAAUAUUAGCUAGUUUAGCUAACUCGCUUAUUGUAGAUUGGUAAAAUGGCCACCAUGGAGAAACUGAUGAAGGCCUUUGAGUCUUUGAAAUCAUUCCAGCAACAGCAGGGACCACCUUCAGCAGAGGAGCUCGUCCAGAGACAAAAAAAGGAGCAGGCUACAACGAAGAAGGACAGGGUGACCCACUGCUUGACGAUAUGUGAAAAUAUUGUGGCCCAGUCUCUGAGAACAUCUCCAGAGUUUCAGAAGCUGCUGGGCAUCGCCAUGGAGAUGUUCCUUCUGUGCAGUGAUGACAGCGAAUCGGAUGUCCGGAUGGUGGCUGAUGAGUGCCUAAACAAAAUCAUCAAAGCGCUGAUGGACUCAAACUUGCCUAGACUGCAGCUGGAGCUUUACAAAGAAAUAAAAAAGAACGGUGCCUCUCGGAGUCUGCGGGCGGCUUUGUGGAGGUUUGCGGAGCUUGCCCACCUCAUCAGACCACAGAAAUGCAGGCCGUACCUGGUCAACCUGCUGCCGUGCCUCACCCGGAUUGCCAAGCGUCAGGAGGAGAGCGUGCAGGAGACCCUGGCGGCCGCCAUUCCCAAGAUGAUGUCGGCUCUGGGCCACUUCGCUAACGAUGGAGAAGUCAAGGUGCUGCUGAGGUCAUUUGUUGCCAACCUGAAGUCCAGCUCUCCGACCAUCAGACGCACGGCCGCCAGCUCCGCCGUCAGCGUGUGCCAGCACUCCAGACGCACCAGCUUCUUCUACACAUGGCUCCUCAACGUGCUGCUGGGCCUGCUGGUGCCGGUGGACGAGGAGCACCCCAGCCACCUGAUUCUGGGGGUGCUGCUGACGCUGCGGUACCUGAUGCCUCUCCUGCAGCAGCACGUGAGCAGCAGCAGCCUCAAGGGCAGCUUCGGCCUCAUGAGGAAGGAGGCCGACGUGCAGCCGACCCCCGAGCAGCUGCUGCAGGUGUACGAGCUCACCCUCCACUACACGCAGCACUGGGAUCACAACGUGGUCACGGCUGCCCUGGAGCUCCUGCAGCAGAUCUUCCGGACCCCCCCGCCGGAGCUCCUGCACAUGCUCAUCACGGCGGGCAGCAUCGCGCACGCCUCCGUGUUUCGCCAGGACGCCGAGAGCCGCGCGCGGUCCGGCAGCAUCCUGGAGCUCAUCGGUACACUCAGAAAUCACUGGUUUUUUGUCUGUGUUUGUAAGGUCCUGGAUGGAAGUGAGAGUCAGUACUCUGGGAUGCAGAUCGGCACGCUGCAGGAUGAAGAAGACGAAGGAGCAGCUCCUUCCUCCCAAGAGGAACCCACCGAGCCCUUCCUGCAGUCGGCACUCGCUCUGAGCAAGCCUCACCUGUUCGAGGGCAGAGAGGUGCGGGUCAGCGUGAAGGCGUUGGCCGUCAGCUGCGUCGGGGCAGCAGCUGCUCUGCAUCCUGAAGCUUUCUUUAACUCGCUCUACCUGGAGCCGCUGGAUGGCAUUCCGGUUGAAGAGCAGCAGUAUAUCAGUGAUGUUCUGGGUCUCGUGGACCAUGGAGACCCUCAGAUCCGGGGGGCCACGGCCAUCCUCUGUGGAGCCAUUAUCCAGGCGGCGCUCACCAAGACGCGCUACAACCACUGCAUCAUGACUUUGUGCAGCAGCACCCUCAGCGAGCUCGGCCUGCAGGUGGUCAUAGACCUGUUCGCUCUGAAGGAUUGCUCCUACUGGCUCGUCCGCACCGAGCUCUUAGAAACUCUGGCUGAACUGGACUUCCGACUUGUUCCAAAACUGUUCUACGACUGUGACCAAGGCCAGGUGGACCCGGUGGUGGCCAUCGCCCGGGACCAGAGUUCGGUCCACCUGCAGCUGCUCAUGCACGAGACACAGCCCCCCUCCCAGUUCACAGUCAGCACCAUCACCAGGACUUAUCGAGGCUACAACUUCUCCAACUCUGUGUCUGACGUCACUCUGGAGAACAACCUUUCCCGAGUGGUUACUGCCUUUGGCUGCUGUGAGGCGUUGUGCCUCCUGGCCUCAAACUUUCCAGUCGGCACGUGGAGCACCGGCUGGCAUUGUGGCUACGUCAGCUCCUGUAGCAACUCCUCCUCCCGCUCUAAUCUGAACCGCAGCAGAGGCAGAACCCUCAGAGUCAUGAUUGUUUUUCUAGCCGUGGCCCCUAAAUGCCUGCGCAACCCCUGGGCAGGAGAGGAGGAGGGCAGCAGCGGGAGCGCCGGCGGGGGCUCGAACAAGAUGGAGGAGCCCUGGGCGGCGCUCUCCGAACGCCCGCUGGUGGCCAUGGUGGAGCAGCUGUUCUCCCACCUGCUCAAGGUCCUGAACAUCUGCGCCCACGUGCUGGACGACACAUCGCCAGGCCCGGCCGCCAAGGCGAGUCUAACACUGUGA